AUGUCGGCACGACAUGCCAAUUUGAGAAGGCGAAUGAGAUUCGCCCCUAGAAUGUAUCUGGAGAACUACCCACAGGGCCCACACGGCAUCUCCAGUCAUCGGAACGGGGCCAAGUCGGGGUUGGGUGUCGGGCGCGGAGAAGCGAAAGAGUCUCAGCGGCAAAUUGGCUAUCGGGACACUAGUCCUAAAGAGGUAGGUCCAUGCAACCCAUGGCCACGACAUCUUGAGGCCGACGAGGCCUACAUUGCUAAAAGCACGAGUUUCAUGCAAGACAACGCCUAG